AGCUUCGGUUCCGGACAGUUCCCGGAGCGGGGCGGGCGCAGGGGGGACCGCGGUUCCCCAUGGAGCGGCGCUGCGAUCCCAAUGACGGCGCCUACUACACCUACGAUGAGAUCUGGGUUCACUACAGAUCCCUGAGAUACAAGCCGGAGGUCAUCAACUCCUACUGGGACUAUGAGAUGUACCCAGAAAAGGCCAAGCCCAGCGGAAAGUCGAAACCAAAGGCCGAACCAAAGGGGGCCAAAGGCAAAGGCAAAGAAAAGGGCGAUGGGAAGGGCAAAGGAAAAGCGAAGGCUUCUCCGGAGCCUAAGGCAAAAGCCAAGGCCAAAGCGAAGGCAGAGCCCAAAGGCGCCGCCAAGGCAGUCAAGACCGCAGCGGCGAACCCCAAGCGCUUCAUCAACGAGGAGCCCAGCAUCGUUCAGGAUUGUGUGGAUGGAUUGAUUUGGGCAACGCCCAACCUGGCCCGCCUUGAUGGCUAUCCAGACAUCAAAGUGGUCUACCGGACGGAUUGGAACAAGGACAAGGUCUCCGUGAUCUCCGGCGGCGGCGCCGGCCACGAGCCCUUGCACGGCGGCUUCGUGGGACGAGGUCUUUUGACAGCUGCAAUCUCUGGAGAAACCUUUGCAUCUCCUUCCAUCGAUGCAGUGCUUGCGGCCAUUGUCCAAGUCACUGGCCCCAAGGGUUGCUUGCUGGUCAUUAAGAACUACACCGGCGAUCGCUUGAACUUCACUCUUGCGGCUCAGAAGGCCAGAUCGAUCUAUGGCCUUCAAGUGGAGACAGUGAUUGUCAAGGAUGAUGUGGCCACCACGGCGGAGCGAGGAAUUGCCGGAACGCUCUUUGUGCACAAGGUGGCAGGCGCCAUGUCUGAGGAGGGCAAGUCCCUCAGUGAGAUUAAGACCGAAGUGGAACAGGUGAUCUCAAAGAGUCUCAGUCUGGGCAUCUCCCUCUCAGUGGUCCGGCGCUUGAAGGCUGAAUCCAUCGCCCGCAAGAAGAUGGAGGUGGGCUUGGGCAUUCAUGGGGAGCCAGGUGCCAGGACCGAAGCAAUGGCGUCCGCAAAGAAAGUGGUGGAAAUCUUAAUGGAGGGCUUGGAAGCGGGACGAAGUGCCAAGCAGCUGCCAGAGCCCGAGGGCUGGAUUUGUUUGCUGAACAACUUAGGUGGUGUGCCACCACAAGAGAUGUGCAUCGUGCUGGCGGAGCUGAUGAAGUCCAAAUGGGGCAAUAGCAUCAAGCUUUUAGUUGGCCCAGCACCGAUGUGCACCUCCUUGGACAUGAAUGGCAUCUCCAUCAGCUUGUUGCCCUUUAGCAGCUCUUGGUCCUCGUUGAUUUGUGCACCGGUCUCCUCCAGUGCUUGGCCGGCGGCUGUGAAGCCGGAGUUUCCCACCAGCGCCGCCGUGCAGGUGAAGGAUUGCUUCGAGGGGGUGUCACCCUCCAGCGAUGAAACAGUGAAAGGCAUGCUGGAGAAGGCCUGCAAGGCACUGAUCGCCGCCAAGUCUGAGCUGGAUCGCUUAGAUGGGAAGGUGGGCGAUGCAGAUUGUGGUUCGACCAUGGCCAAGGCAGCCACAAGCAUACUGGAGAAGCAGGAACGAUUGCCGAUGGCUGAUCCGAAGGCCUUUUGUGCUUGCUUAUCAGACCUUUUGGGCAAGACCAUGGGUGGCUCCAGUGGCGUAUUGCUGAGCAUCAUGUUUAUGGGCAUGUCCAGCCAUUGGGAGUCCGGCUCCAACUGGAGCUCCCUCCCUGAAGCCUUCAAGGCAGGCCUUCAAGCGAUGAUGGAUGCAGGUGGUGCCAGUCCAGGUUCUCGCACGAUGCUGGAUGCUUUGGUGCCUGCUGCUGAUGCCUUGAUCGAAAAGAAGGGUCUCACAGGUGCUGCGGCUGCAGCCAAGGAGGGCUGUGAAGCGACGAAGUCCAUGAAGCCUAAGGCUGGUCGAUCGGAGAAUGUGCCAGAGUCAGUGCUGAAAGGUGUGCCCGACCCGGGCGCCAAAGCCGUCGAGCUUCUCUUCGCAGCACUGAGCUGACGGGCGCCACACGCAGCUCCUCCCGCACCGUUGUGGAUCACUUCGUUAGCGGAGACACCGUGGCGCGCGUCACGAGAAACCACAGAUGUUCGAUGGAAAGGGCCGCGG